AAGAGGGAGCUAUGCCAUCUCCCGCCGAGCAGAGCCCAGUCCUCCUCUGUUGUGUGUCGGAGCUGCAGCAUGGUGUCUCUCCCCGGACUCUGGACCUACUGCCUCGCCCCGGGGAGACCUCAUCUCCUCUUCCUCACUGCCAGACCGUUCCUGCUGCUCCUUCUAGUAACCGUCCUCUCCUCCUCCCCGGACUCUUGCUUCCCUCACCCGCAGCCCUGCCACAUCCUCGCCCGGAUCGGACACACCGUGCGUCUCGGCGCGCUCUUGCCGACCCGCCAGCCGGCACGGAUACAAAACGCGCUCAACCGCGCCCUGGCUAGCCUUCGGCAUCAGAGCGGGGGGGCUGACUCUUCUACCACCACCUCAUCCCAGACACCCCCUCUGCUGCCCUACAACCUGAGCCUGGAGAUGGUGGCUCGAUCGCCCUCGGGAGGCGACCCGGAGUCGUUAUUCCGGAGCGCCUGCCAGGACUUGGUGGUCAGAGGGGUGUCCGCUGUGCUCGCCUUCCCGCGCUCCAGGGAGGAGCUGAUCCAGGUGGAGUUCAUCUCGUCCUUUCUGGAAAUCCCCUUCAUCUCCAUCCUGGAGGACACAGAACCUCUAGUGACUAAGAACCGAUUUCACCUGCAGAUGUCAGCCCGUGUGCCUCCAUCUACCCUGGGCAGCAUGCUGCUGGCGGUCCUGCAGGGGAAAGACGGGGACAGGGACAGAGGAAGCCGGGGGGAGGACAGCUGGGGUGGAGCAGCUGUGAUUUGCCCCGGGUGGGAGGAAGGAGGUGAUGGAUUGCUGUCCCACCUGCAGAUGCACAGCGGUACUUCGUGGCAUUUAUGGGAUAUCAUCAACUUGACCCGCAUCUCUGGGGGCGGCGAGAAAAGAGGGGAUGCCAGCGAGGAGAGGAGAGAGGAUCAGAGGGAAGAGGAGGCUUUGAAGAUCCUCUCCACCCGUUUUCUGCGCUCCCCUUCUCCUAUCUCAUCUGUUCUCCUCAUGGGAUCUGACCCCGAGUGUCUCUCCUCUGUCCUGCGGGCCGCUCAGCGCCUCGCCCCAUUGCUUCCGGCACUGCAGUGGAUCAUGGGAUAUCCCUUGUCUCCGGAUUCUCUUCACACUCUAGGAGGUCCCCUUGGACUGUUGGCCUAUGGGGAGGUCGGGCGCAAGCCAAUCAGCUUCUACAUAAGGGAUGCUUUGCAGUUGAUUGGUCGUGCGGUCACUGCAGCGACCAUGGUGAGGCCAGACCUUGCGCUGAUACAGAACAUGGUGAACUGUUUCGACAAACCAAACCGACACGAGCUUCCCUCUUCAGGACAAUACCUGGCCAGGUUUCUCUCCAACACUUCCUUCACCGGGGCCACAGGCCUGAUCCAGGUGGAAGCUGACCUCUCCCGGGUGUUCUCCUCCCAGCUCUUCCACAUCUGGAGCCUGAAAAGAGGCGCUCUAGGUCAGCCAGCUUGGGUCACCGUAGGCCAGUGGACACGAGGCAGGCUGGAGUUGGAAGGGGGGAUCCUGGGGCUGGUUGGGGGCUUCAGGAACAGCCAGGGACAAGGUCUUGGAGCUGGGGUGAGGGGAGGGGACGGCCAGGGGGACAAUACCAAUGGAGGACGCUGGAGGCCAGGAUUUUCUGUCGAGGGACAUCGCCUUAGAGUGGUGACGCUGGUGGAACACCCGUUUGUCUUUACGAGAGAGGUGGACGAGGAUGGAUUGUGUCCAGCAGGUCAGCUAUGCUUGGACCCAAGAACCAACAGGUCUGAGUUAAUCCAGGGUGUCUUCAACCAGCUGCACAACCCAAACGCUUCAGUUACAGAAUGGGAGGGAAGUGAACUACCGGAGGAUCUGAGAAAGUGCUGCUACGGCUACUGCGUCGACCUGCUGGAGAAGCUGGCAGAGGACAUGGGAUUUACCUUUGACCUUUACAUUGUGGGGGAUGGAAAGUACGGAGCACUGGCUGGGGCAGGGCGCUGGACGGGGCUGGUCGGGGACCUGCUGAGUGGCACCGCUGACAUGGCCGUCAGCUCUUUCUCCAUCAACUCUGCCAGGAGUAGAGUCAUCGAUUUUACCUCGCCCUUCUACUCCACCAGCCUGGGCAUUCUGGUUCGUAGCAGAGACUCCGCAGCCCCUAUUGGAGCCUUCAUGUGGCCCCUCCACUGGUCCAUGUGGGUGGGUAUUUUCGUCACGCUCCAUCUCACCGCGCUCUUCCUCACCUUGUACGAGUGGAACAGUCCCUUUGGUAUGACACCCCACGGCAGGAACAGACUGCGUGUGUUCUCCUACUCCUCCGCCCUCAAUCUCUGCUAUGCCAUACUGUUUGGACGCACUGUCGCUACCAAGACUCCAAAAUGCUGGACUGGCCGCUUCCUGAUGAACCUUUGGGCCAUCUUCUGCUUACUGGUGCUCUCCAGCUACACCGCUAACCUAGCUGCAGUCAUGGUGGGGGAAAAGACCUUCGAGCAGGUCUCAGGGAUUCACGACGACAAGCUGCACCAUCCCUCCCUGGGCUUCCGUUUUGGGACGGUGCGGGAGAGCAGCGCCGAGGAUUACAUGAAGAAGAGCUUCCCUGAAAUGCACGACUACAUGAGACGCUUCAACCAGCCCACGACCCCAGAAGGCGUGCACAUGUUAAAGACAGAUCCUCCUACCCUGGAUGCCUUCAUCAUGGACAAAGCCCUGUUGGACUUUGAGGUCUCUAUCGAUGCAGACUGCAAGCUGCUCACUGUGGGGAAGCCAUUCGCCAUUGAAGGCUAUGGCAUAGGCCUGCCCCAGGGCUCUCCUCUAACCCGUAAUGUGUCAGAGUUCGUGAGUCGCUACAAGUCUGAUGGCUUCAUGGACAUGCUCCAUGACAAAUGGUAUAAGGUGGUGCCUUGCGGGAAACGAGUCUUUGCCGUCACUGAGACUCUACAGAUGGGGAUCCAGCAUUUCUCCGGCCUGUUCGUGCUGCUUUGUAUGGGGGUGGGUGGAGCCUUGCUGACCUUGGCAGGGGAACACACCUUCUAUCACCUGGUCAUCCCUCGCCUCCGGCGCACCAACACACUGCAGUACUGGCUGCACACAAGCCAGAAAAUUCACCGAGCCCUUCACACCACAUAUGAGGACGUGGGGAAGGAGCUGAGCGGCCUUGAUGAAAACCCCUCCUCUUGUAUCUCAGAGAACUGCACCCUACACAGGAAACAGCACCACCCGCCCCCGUCUCCUCCCAACUCUCCCAAUGCUUCCACCACAGCUGGAGACACCAACAACUCCUCCCCAUCGCAUGAGCCCAAGGAGAAACGUGUGCACUUUGACCUGGAGACCCUGCACAGCUACCGCCUGCGCACACACACUGCCUCGGUGCGCGGCAGGCCCGGCAUGGUGGGCCGACCUGGGCUCGGCCUUGGAGGUUUGGGGCUUGGGGGCCUGGGGAGUUUCACUUCCCCUCCGCAGAUUAGCCUCCAUGUUAACGGGGGACCUGUUUCUACACUGGCUUCCACAGGGUUGGUGCUCUCUCCGCUCGGCAGGGCAGCUCAGACCAGCAUGUGGGAGGGAGAGCUCCAGGACCUCCAGGGGAAGAUUGAGAUUUACCGGACCCAGCUUAGGGAGGCUCUGGCUAGGAGAGCUGAGAUCCAAAGCAGCCUGGAGAGGGAGAGGAGAGGACUCGUACGCAGGGACACCAGUCUGGAGAGGGAGAGGGACACACAGAGGAUACAAACUAUAAACACGGACAGAAGCAGCUCAGCUCAGUCCAAACUCCCUGAGAGAGACCGGACCAGCCAACUGCAAACCCUGAACAAUCAACAGACAGGCAGGGUGAACCAAUCAGGCGGUCCAGGGACUCUGGAGCAAGGCAGGAGCAGCCAACUAAACACAGUCAACAGUUUGGACAGAGGCAGAGCUAACCAAUUACGCUCUGUUAACACUCUGACAGGAGAAAGGACUGUCCAUUCACGCACGUCCACCAGUUUGGAGCGAAGUCGAGUCAACCAACCAGGUGGAGCUGGAAUCGUAGCCGUCCCAUCACGGAACACUUCUAGCCUUGACAGACAGAAGGUUAACUUGUCGAGCACGCUGGACACUUUGGAGAGGACAAAAGCCAACCAAUCAGGUGUAAGCAGCGGGACUUGAAUGUCUUUAAGAGGACCUUGAUGUGCUGGAUUUAUAGAAGGUGCUUGCAUAGCCGUGGGAAGAUGGCUUUGUCGGAACGGGUCGUGUCUAACGCGCAGCUUGCUGAAAAAUCACAGUAUAUGUUAACUCACACCAUGACUUACUGCAACCUAAUAAUUUCACCUUCCACACUCGCUCAGUAAUACAAUUAAAAACCUUAAACUGCAAUCUAAGAACAAGUAGAAAGUCUACCAUCCAUGAAAUCAUGAAAAAGCAAUCUAAUCUUUGGAAUAAAAGCUAACACAGUUUCAGUAAAAUCUUGGUGAAGUGUCCAAUAACGAGGCAAACAAAGCUCAAAUCUCAGUGCUCACUGUGGAGACAACUGGUGCCUAAGACAAACCCUCAACCACAACUGUUCGAUAAACAAAAGCUGAUUCAAAGUGCGGCUCCAUAGAUGUUCUGAAGAAGCCUGCAAGCACAAAGAGCACAGAAAAGUCGAAGUUAGCCAAAAAAAAAAGAGAACAAAGAGUCUGAGUAUGCAUACGCCGCAUUUGUGGAAACAGAUUGCAAGUAGAAGGAGAUGAAGAUGCAAAAAAGGUUAUUUUUUAAAGUAUUAUAAGUAAUAAUUCCCCAAAAAUGUGAAUGAUGAUGAAAGAAGUCUAGAUUUAAAGUGGUAGAGCCCAAAAGUAAUGUACCUAAAGACCCCACAGAUGUUUUUAAGCCUUUUUGCAUCCAUACAUUAUGUCUUUUUUUUUAUCCUCCCUGCUGUUACAACAACGCUAACGUCCGCUUCACACAACAAGCGUAUUGGCUGUGUGACGGCUCCGACUCGUGCUGUCAUGUAUUCACACAGACUGCAUGUUGGCUGUGUGGGUUGCUGCUAUCACUGCUCACUCCUGCGGUUGCUGCUCACCUUCCACUUAACAUGCGGUUCACCACACGUAUACAUGAGUGGUUUUAGAGGUUAAGCUCUCAGACCAGGCUUAUUGACAUUAAAAGAGGUCUGUAACUUAAAAAAGAGGGAGACACGGGGAAAGAGAGAUUAAACUGAAAGAUUUUUUUUGUAGUAAAAUUAGUUAAAGCCUAAAUGAAUUAUAAUGUUUCUUGUUUUCAUAUUGGGGAAGCUUUCAGUUGUUAAACAUGUUUGGAGGGUUGUUCUUAUCAGUAAACUAUCAUUUAGUUUAGUUUGAAACCGGGGGGCGCUUCAUUUAGACACAGAUGCCAAAACAGCUGUGUGAGUGGAGAGAGGGGCAGAGAGAUAGAGAGGUGCAAGAAGAAGAGGGAGAUCACACAAUAAUAAAUUUUUCCAAUAACCUGAUGUGACUUAAUUAUUAACAUAGCUUAACUAUUGCAGUGUGAUUAAUGGCAACUUUUUUGCAAAGAAAUUCCAUCAAAGACUCGAACACAGAGCAAAGCAAGCGAUUUCGUACACAGAAAACCUGUCCUGGACAGCAUUGCGUGAAAACAAGGGCAGGUCACAACUUCCGGUCUAGUGUGAGGUCCAGUGCUCCACAGACUAUUUUCAUAUUUGCAGUUAUUUUAGCAUGUGAUGUACCCAAAAUUAUUCACAUACUUAUUAUUUAAGUUUUUGUAAGUCCCGGUGAAAUAGUUUAAACGUAGGUAGGCUGUUCGUGCACGGAGUUUCAACUUUUAUUAUGGCUAACCGGGAUAAAGCUUAAACAAGAACAAAAACAAAUCUGGCUUUUAGUUUGAAAAGCAUUCCAGAUGUGUUAUCAUGUAUUUUAUAAACAGCCCUCAACUUAUUACUUUUCAAUUGAGGCCAAGAUUCACGCUAAGCUCGCUGAAAAAAUAGGCGUGGCUUCUAUUCUCUAGAUUUUCAGCAGACAUGACACGCUCAUGUCAGCAGUCUGAAUGCUCUAAUCUGUUAUCAUGCAUGCUAGAAAUUAAAAUCAAGCCGCUUCCCAGCCAUCACACAGCUCACACGCUACCUGUGGGAAGUACAGGUAAUAUGGCUAUGUCAACCACACCUUUAUGGGUCUUUUAUUUUGAAAACACAGCCUUGAAACAUACAAACUUAAUAAUGAUGUCUUGCAAACUGAGCCAUUCCCAGACAGUAGCUUUGAGUUGGCCAUUUUUCACUGUGAUCUGAUGGUAGUCAUUGUUUGUGUGUGACUCUAGAGUUACUCUAGAAGUAAGCUAGUCAUAGGAAGUAUCACGCGUGCUGUUAAUGUUGAUGAUGUCAUUAGUGGCUCUAAAAAAAUCUCUCUAUGUACGUUUCUUGGGAGGAGAAAACUUUCUAAGAACAUAAUCAGUGCAGUCCAGCGGUGGUUGGGCAUCUUUUCCCCAACAUUCAGGUGAAAAGCUUCAAUAUAAAAAGAGGAUUGGGGAAAAAUUGGGAAAGAUUUUGAAAUUUGGGAUGCAGGAUUUUCAAGUCUGAACCCUGGUUAUACUUGCUCUUUAGUUUCAACCUCCUUUAUCUGCCUUCAUUUGUGUCUGUAUGUCCGACAAUUUUAUGCAAUACUGAAUCAGAGCAGUACCCCUUUAAGUCAAAUUCUAGCACUUUCUUUGGUGGGGUGUUUUUUUGUUGCAGAUCUAUCCUGUUUUUUUCAGUAUUGACUUUUUAUGUGUGCUUAAUUUGCUGCAACAUCGAUCUGAACUGCAUUACUGUCAAUGUUGACUUUCAAAGAAGAUGUUGUUUUUAAUCUUCCUGAGGCUGUUAGUAGUAGUUAAUCAGUCUUAAUCAGUCUUGGCAUCAUGUUUGUAAGGAGAUAUGAACAACUACUGAGCAAAGUUGCAAUCUAAAAGUCUCAAAUACCCAAACAAGUUACGAGUCUGCUUGGAGUUUUGUCAUAAAGUAAAAUGAAAUUGUUCACAAUAGUCACCACUGAGGGAGCUUAACAUGAUUUGCAAAUAUCGCGCUCUGUUAGUUUUUGCAUGGAUUCACAGUGUAAGGAUGUUUACAAUUCACUAGCUCUCUGCAGACCUGAGGGAGCUUGAGUGAGCAAGACCUCGUGUGGUUCAUAUUUUUAUCAUUAUUAAUUAUUGAAACAGACUUUUCCACUGUUUCCUCACAAAAAGCAUACUAUAUAUUUGCUUUCUCUUCCAUCAAGGUGAAGUUGGUUUGAUAACUGAUGUCAAUAACCUUGAUUAAUAAGAAGAAAAGAGUGUGUGCAGAGGCUGACUGUGUUGGACUUACCGUCAGUAAUCCAGUGAUCCAGCAGAGGGCGCUGCAGCCCCACUUCCCACGGCUAUGGAUGGAGGAAAGUUUCUGGAUUGAGAUUUUAUUCAAACAAACACUGAAAAAGACACUGUCACUGCUAUCACAGAAACAGAACUUUAAUGGUGGUACUGGUGUACAUUUAAACGUUUCAAACGUCGCUGUGGUGUGGAGUGGUCGUGUUCACAUGCCAUGGUGUCUAAGGAAAAAAAAUAUAUUUUAUUUUAUUCUUAAGAGAAAGAGCUUGUGGUACUGAAUAUAUAAACAAAUACUUUUAAAUCUAUCCCUUAUAAAAAAUUGUA